AUGGUCCGUGUAAAUCCAUUUCUGGGUUUAGCGACACUUCCACACUCCCGAAAUGAGUUAACUCACGACAGAAUCGAAUUACGGCGAGGAAUUAGUCUGUUAGGAGGAAUUUCAAAGCGAGCGCGAGAGCGAGCGACCGUUAGAAAAGAAGCUCUCAACUGCGAAGGCUCGCUGCUCUCUAGACCAGAGCAUGAUGGCAGCUGA